AUUCCCUCGACUUCAUACAUCCCGACGCCGCCACAUACCAACACAUCGUUUCCCAACUAGGACCACCUACCUAUAUCGGCAGCUCUUCAGCGUGGCGUCUUACCUCCCUUCGAUAAAGGAAAGUCGUCAUUUUGGUAAUUUCGCCUUCUUUUUUUACGACUGGCUCUCAGUCAAGCACACAAACAACAACUGUUCUCAUUCUGCUGAUUCUCGAAAUCCCAUCUCGUCCUGGAAAACCGACCUAGCACGGCUUAGUGUGGUUGGUGAUCGUCUCGCGCCGAGCUAACCCCUGGCUGUGAGAACAUCCUUUUUCCUCGGCUUAUCACAACCCUUUUUAGCUCCGUCCCACCCUGGUCUCCUCGGAGCUGCAGAAGGACGAGCUUCACAUGCCGCAACCAGGAUCGUCAGUGGAUUUCUCAAAUCUGCUGAACCCUCAAAACAACACGGCCAUCCCUGCCGAAGUCUCCAACGCUACAGCUAGUGCUACCAUGGCUUCAGGAGCCAGUCUGUUGCCACCUAUGGUGAAGGGCGCUCGCCCGGCUGCAGAGGAAGCUCGUCAGGACCUUCCUCGACCAUACAAGUGCCCCCUGUGCGAGCGCGCCUUCCACCGCCUAGAACACCAAACAAGACACAUUCGCACUCACACUGGUGAAAAGCCCCAUGCCUGCCAGUUCCCCGGCUGCUCGAAGCGUUUCAGUCGCUCAGAUGAGCUUACCCGGCACUCGCGAAUCCAUAACAACCCCAACUCAAGACGUGGAAACAAGGCUCAACACCUGGCGGCAGCCGCCGCAGCUGCAGCUGCGAACCAAGAUGGUAGCGCGAUGGCGAACAACGCUGGAUCAAUGAUGCCCCCUCCCAGCAAACCCAUCACUCGAUCUGCUCCUGUCUCUCAAGUCGGGUCCCCGGACAUUUCGCCCCCGCACUCUUUCUCCAACUAUGCCAACCACAUGCGCUCGAAUCUGAGCCCCUACUCUCGUACCAGUGAACGGGCGUCAUCAGGCAUGGAUAUCAACCUUCUUGCUACGGCCGCGUCUCAAGUCGAGCGUGAUGAAAGUUUUGGAUUCCGCUCUGGUCAACGUAGUCACCAUAUGUAUGGUCCCCGCCAUGGCAGCAGGGGACUUCCUUCUCUUUCAGCCUACGCCAUCUCCCACAGCAUGAGCCGUUCCCAUUCGCACGAGGAUGAGGAUUCUUAUGCGUCACAUCGCGUCAAGCGUUCAAGACCUAACUCACCCAACUCGACUGCUCCUUCUUCGCCUACCUUCUCCCACGACUCCUUAUCUCCCACUCCUGACCACACGCCAUUGGCUACGCCCGCCCAUUCGCCACGACUGAAGCCAUUGUCGCCGAGUGAGCUACAUCUGCCCUCAAUCCGUCACCUAUCGCUUCACCACACUCCGGCUCUCGCUCCAAUGGAGCCCCAGGCCGAGGGACCCAAUUAUUAUAACCCGAACCAACCUCAUGUUGGCCCAAGCAUAAGCGAUAUCAUGUCUCGCCCUGAGGGUGCACAGCGAAAACUUCCGAUACCUCAGGUGCCCAAAGUGGCGGUCCAGGAUAUGUUAAAUCCUAGCGGGUUUACUUCAGUCUCUUCAUCAACCGCAAAUUCCGUUGCUGGUGGUGACUUGGCUGAGAGGUUCUAAUCCGGCCAAAAAACUUCGUUUUCUUGUUAGGCGUACGAAAGAUAUAGACCUUUGCAUUUCUGGUUGAUUCAUGGGCAUCAUUGGUGUCACGGAAUUAGGUUGUUUGACGAUUCUUCACACUGUUUGAGUACACUAUUUUGCGAGGCGUUGCCCCUAUAGACGGAUUAUCCCUUGCCUUCACACACAAGUCUUGUUUUCAUUCUAUUCACUUCUCUUCUUUGACACCUAUUACACCAACGUUUUAUCUCUUUCCUUUCGAGAUCCUCUCCUAUCGGACAAGCUCCUCAGCAGUUUACUAUUUUCUUGAGGUUACACUUCAUAAUCAAAUACAAAAGAACGAGUUUCCUUGAAUCGGAACACUGUAC